GUGCAGCGCGAAAUGCCGUGGGUGCCGAUCCUCAUCUUCCUUCGGAAGCUCAUCUCGCCGCCCGGCUUCGACUACGCCAAGAAGGCAGCGACACAGGAUCGGGCCGAUGUGCUUCCGACAAUGCUCUUUCUGGCGUUCGUGCCAUGGGUGGCUCCGCGCGCCGCCGCGACCGCCGGCCUCAUCACAUACAUGUGCGGCUUCGGCUUCAUCUACAACCGAGACAAAGAGGAUGUGCCUCGCGACGAAUUUGGGCAGAUUGGCGAGAUCCGGCCCUACGAGACACAGCCCCUCUACCUGACUUGCGCGCUGAUGGUCGGCGUGCACUUUGCGUCCAAGGCGCUCGCCAAGCGGCUGGUGGCGCGGCUGGUGGGCGCGCCGGACGGCCUCGAAUCCAUCCUCAAGGCCAGCCUCGUCCCGCUGGGCCUUACCUUCUGCGCCCUCUUCACCCGCGUCUCGAAGCCUUUCGCGUAGCCGCGAGGCGGUGCUCCCAGACCGCCCGCCCGUUGCCGUCGCUACAUUUGUCGCUUGAGGUUCGGGCGGACGGAAAGGGAUGUGUCGAUGAGUAAUUGCGCUUGCCCGGCACCACCCAAGUCCGGUUUUGGGACAUGGGAGGUUAUAAGUCUUAAGAGCAGGUUGGGCACU